UCCCCAUCAUCUGCACGCAGGUGAUCUACAUGGGCCGGAACCCCCGGGACGUCAUGGUCUCCCUCUAUCAUUACUCCAAGAUCGCUGGACAGUUAAAGGACCCGGGAACGCCCAACCAGUUCCUGCGGGACUUCCUCAAAGGUGAAGUGCAAUUUGGCUCCUGGUUCGACCACAUUAAGGGCUGGCUUCGGAUGCAGGGCAGAGACAACUUCCUAUUUAUCACCUACGAGGAGCUGCAGCAGGACUUACAGGGCUGUGUGCAGCGCAUCUGCGAGUUCCUGGGCCAUCCACUGAGCAAGGAGGCGCUGGGCUCCGUCGUGGCGCACUCAACCUUCAGCGCCAUGAAGGCCAACACCAUGUCCAACUACACGCUGCUGCCCCCCAGCCUGCUGGACCACCGCCGUGGGGCCUUCCUCCGGAAAGGGAUCUGCGGCGACUGGAAGAACCACUUCACGGUGGCCCAGAGCGAAGCGUUCGAUCGCGUCUACCGCAGGCAGAUGCAGGGGAUGCCGACCUUCCCCUGGGAUGAAGACCCGGAGGAGGACGCCAGCCUGGACCCUGAGCCCAGACCCAGCCCCAGCCCCGGCCCCAGCCCCAGCCCUGGCCCCGGCCAGCCCUGUGAGCCGUCGCACCCGAGACCCUGAGAAUAAACACGUCGCUUCUG